UGUUCACAUCUCGCGCGGGAGAUAGUCUUGCGCGCCACACUCUGACUGCAGCCAUGCCCGCUCGCCGCCGUGCGCGUUCUCAUGGGCCGCUUGCGCGUCUCCACUUGGGCGGGCAGCGAUGUGCACGCACAGACUCGCCAUCUCUCGCAAAGGCGCAGCAGCCUAGCUCUCCAUCAUCACCCUUUGCACUUACACUUGCUGACCUGGCAACAUCCAUUGGCCUCAUUGGGAGCUAGACAUCGCUGCUCUACAUCGCUUGCCCCGUCUGCAUCCGCCUUGGCCGUCUGCAGAGACCUCACGCGAUCUCGUACAGCAAAAUCUGGUCCCAGCUCUCACGCGUAAUAAGAUCAAAAGGAUGGCGGACAGCAGCGCAGUGCCCGCUGCAGGCUCAUCAAAUGGUGCUUCAGGCUCGCUAGCACCUGGCGACCCUCGCAAAGAGGGAGCGCUCAAGUCGUACAAGAAGGCUCUGAAGCAGCAUGAAGAUCUAUCGGAGGGGUUAAAGAAGCUGCGUUUUGGGCUGCGUGAUCUGGAAAAGGACUACGACAAGACGGAGGAUGAUAUCAAGGCUUUGCAGUCGGUGGGGCAGAUUAUCGGCGAGGUGCUGAAGCAGCUCGACGACGAGAGGUUCAUCGUCAAAGCAUCCUCAGGACCUCGUUACGUGGUUGGCAUCCGCUCCACUGUGCCCAAGCACAAGUUGAAGCAAGGUGUGCGAGUCAGUCUCGACAUGACCACCCUUACCAUCAUGCGCAUUCUGCCACGUGAGGUCGACCCGUUGGUAUACAACAUGAGCAUGGAAGACCCCGGUGAUGCCAACUUUGCUGGUAUCGGUGGCUUGCAAGAGCAGAUCAGGGAAUUGAGAGAGGUCAUCGAAUUGCCUCUGCUCAAUCCAGAGCUUUUCUUGAGAGUAGGAAUCAAGCCCCCAAAAGGCGUUCUGCUGUACGGACCUCCCGGUACGGGCAAGACUCUGCUCGCAAGAGCAGUUGCAGCCACGCUCGACACAAACUUCCUUAAAGUUGUUUCAAGCGCCAUCGUCGACAAGUACAUCGGAGAGAGUGCCAGAUUGGUGCGCGAAAUGUUUGGCUAUGCCAAAGAGCACGAACCUACAAUCAUCUUCAUGGACGAGAUUGACGCUAUCGGUGGAAGGCGUUUUAGCGAGGGCACGAGUGCAGAUCGAGAAAUUCAGAGAACUUUGAUGGAGCUUCUGAAUCAAAUGGACGGAUUCGACUACCUUGGCAAGACAAAGAUCAUCUUUGCUACGAACAGACCAGACACGCUCGACCCUGCUCUGAUGAGACCAGGUCGUAUCGACCGAAAAAUUGAGAUCCCAUUGCCGAACGAGGUGGCGCGUUUGGACAUCCUCAAGAUUCACGCGAGGCCUGUCGCCAAGAAAGACGAGCUUGAUUACGAGGCCAUCGUCAAAUUGUCUGAUGGCUUCAACGCUGCAGAUUUGCGGAACGUGGUGACGGAAGCGGGCAUGUUUGCGAUUAGAGAUGACAGAGAUUACAUCAUUCAAGAAGAUAUGGUCAAGGCAGCUCGAAAGUUGACCGAAGCAAAAUCCCACGAGAGCGCUGCAGACUACGGCAAGAACAUUUGAGAGAUGACGCACUCCCAUACAAAGCUCGCCUUGCCCGCCAAUGACACCGUUGCGAUAUCAAACGCUGGAGAUGUGCUCAUGGCGACGAAACGUGCAGUGUGCGAGGCGCGCGUGCGCGACAAUGGGCUUCAGACGGAAUGGCGGUGGACACAGCUAAAUGCAAUGCAUUACAAGAG